ACGUUAAAAAAUGGUGACCGCUAAAGCGAUGUAAAUAAAAGAAAUUUAUCUGUCACAUGAUCGAUUGCUAGCUGAAGAAGCACGACAGGACUUUUAGCAUACUUAGCAUGAGCAUCUCGGACCCGAGGCUCGCUCGCUACGCAUUUACGAAAAGUAAACACAGUCGGUAUAGGAACUGGCCACGUCGGUGAUGCCCCAUUCAUGCCCAUUAACGAAGAAGCGGGGCUUAUUCUGAUUACGAAAAUGCGAAAAUGCAACAGAAAGCAUACUUAGCAUGAGCAUCUCGGACCCGAGGCUCGCUCGCUACGCAUGGGAGGAGCCCGGAAAACGGAAUCAGGAGUCCCCAAAGCUGGAACAGGAAUCCAGAAAGCCGAAACAGGAGUCCCGAAAGCUGGAUCAGGGGUCCGUAAAUCUGGAACAGGGGUCCGAAAAGCCGGAUCAGGGUUCCGAAAAGCCGGAAUGGGAGUCCGGAAAGCCGGAACGGGAUUCCGGAAAGCCAGAACGUGACUCCGAGAAGCAGAGCGGGAGGCCGCGGACGCGGUACAAGCACGCGGCGUGCACACACGGGAGACAUGUGUACGUGCACGGCGGCCGCAGCGGCACGAUGCCCCUGAGGGACCUGUGGAGAUACGAUCCGGCUUCAGACACAUGGACGGAGAUCAAACAUCCUCAGGGGGAGAGUCCACCGUCGCCAUGGGAACACACUAUUCUUCCAUAUAAGGACAAGUCUCGUCGGUUUUCGGGGGGAGUACAGGCAAACACGAACCGACGUCUCUCGCUACCCUGUACAAAUCAUCGGCCCCCACUGAUUCCUAUUGAUAUGUCGUUGUUCUUUGACAUUGGUGACUUCAAGAGUCCCCUAUAA